AUGGGUGGAAUAACUGUUGUUUUAGCUGGUGACUUCAGACAAACUUUACCUGUUGUACCACGAGGUACACGUGCAGAUGAAGUCAAAGCCUGUCUCAAAUCCUCAGUUUUAUGGCCUCAUGUUAACGUACUGUCUUUGAAAAUUAAUAUGCGCGUUCAUAUACAACAUGAUUUGAGAGCAGAAGAAUUUUCGAAGUUACUCAUUGAUAUAGGGAAUGGACAAAUUUCAGAAGUUGACGGACGAAUAAGUAUUCCGGAUAACCUAGGUGAUAUUGUUGAUGAUUUAACUACAUUAACUGAUAAAAUAUACCCAGAUAUCAAUAAAAUUGGAGUUAAUUGCUCUUCAUGGCUAAAAGAAAGAGCUAUUCUGACUCCAACGAAUGAUUCAGCGAAUAGCAUUAACAACUAUCUUAUAGAAAAGCUAUCAACUAAUCAAAUGAAGUAUAAAUCUAUUGAUACAGUCGUAGAAGUUGAUGAUGCUGUCCAUUAUCCUGUCGAGUUCUUACAUACACUCAAUCCACCCGGAAUACCAUCUCAUAUUCUCAAUCUUAAAAUUGGAGCACCAAUAAUGUUACUGCGCAAUUUGAAUCCUCCAAAACUAUGUAUCAAUACCAGACUACAAGUGAAAAAUUUACAUAAAAAUAUUAUUGAAGCUACAAUUUUAACAGGUAAACAUGAAGGAGAAGUCGUAUUUAUUCCAAGAAUUCCUUUGGUUCCAUCUGACUACCAUUUCAACUUCAAACGUCUACAAUUUCCUGUUAGGGUUUGCUAUGCUAUGACUAUCAAUAAAGCGCAGGAGCAGAGUUUAAAAUUAGCUGGUGUAGAUUUGAGACAUGAUUGUUUUUCUCAUGGUCAGUUCUACGUGGCAUGCUCAAGAGUCAGUUCACCGGACAACUUGAUUAUUCUUCAACCAGAAAAAAAGACGAAAAACAUUGUUUACAAGGAAGUUUUAAAUUUGUAA